AUGUUUGCAGACGUACAACCCGGUCCGAAGGACCCUAUGUUUGACCUGAAAAAGCUGGCUGACGACGACAUUUCCCCGCGAAAGAUCGACUUGGGAGUAGGUGUGUACCGUAACGAGGAGGGGGGCUACCACGAACUUCAAGCAAUUAAAAAGGCCAAGAAGAUCCUAAAUGAGACCAAUCCGGGACACGAUUAUGAGCUUACUACUGGCAAUCCAUCCUUUUUGAAUGAUGCAGCCGUAUUGAUGUUUGGAGAAAACAGCAAGGCUCUUAAGACUAAAAAGAUUGCUUCCGUACAAACCAUUUCCGGCACAGGAGCCUGCCACUUGGCAGCAUUGUUUCUUCGACGUUGCAAAGCAUUCGCUCAGAGUGUCGUCUACGUGGGUACUCCAGCUUGGGGCAACUACGAACCUCUACUCAGACUUGUUGGCUUUGAAGUUCAAAAAUACACUUACUAUGACCCGCAAACGCAUGCGGUGAACUUAAAAAACCUCCUUGACACCGUGGCCAAUGCCCCUCAAAAAAGUAUAUUCAUUCUUCAGGGAUGUUGCCACAAUCCAACAGGAGCGGACCUCAGUCAGGAGCAGUGGAGGUUGCUUGCAGAUGCCAUGGAGAAAGCAGAUGUGUUCCCGCUCUUCGAUGUCGCCUACCAGGGCCUCGGUGCGUCUCCCGACAACGACGCCUAUGGAAUUCAACUAUUCGUCGAGAAGGGAUUUGAGAUGGUAGUAUGCCAAUCCUUCUCGAAGAACUUUGGUCUUUAUGGUGAACGAUGUGGGGUUCUACAUGUUGUCACAGACGAGGAGACAAUCUGUGCAAAUGUCUAUGACCAGCUCCGUUCCCUGAUCAGAUGGGAAUUCUCAUCGUCGCCUGCGUAUGGCUCCCGACUGGUGAAUAUCGUUCUGGGAGAUCCGGAUCUCAGAGAAGAAUGGCUCAAGGAGUUAUCGACUAUGAGAAAUCGACUCGUCGAUAAUCGAAGGAAGCUCUACCAUAAUCUAGUACAUGUGCAUAAGACACCAGGAAGUUGGGAAGCCCUUCUUACAACCACUGGUCUAUUUUGCUAUCUACCUCUCGCGAAAGAGGAAAUCAUCAAGUUAAGAGAAAGGUUUCAUAUCUAUCUACCAGACAAUGGGCGUGUAAAUGUCGCUGGUCUUAACCCGACGAAUUUGGGCUCCGUUGCUUCGGCUAUCAAUGAGGUUGUGAGAGAUGCUACUAAGCUCUGA